UGUACUGGUGCACCAGCUGGACACCGGAAGGGUGGAAGACUUCCUGCCAGUGUGGGCCCAGAACGGAAGGCAGCCGAGGUUAAUCAUUGCCACAAGGCCUUGACCCUACCUGCCCUGGCCUCUGUUCCACCUCCUGCUGUCCCUCCUGCCAGCCCAGGAGGAGCCAUGGGGCGCUGGGCCUGGGUCCCCAGCCCCUACCCCCCAACCAGGCUUUCCCUUCUCCUGCUGCUGCUGCUGCCUCAUGUGACCCAGCCCCAGGCUAGUGUGAACCAUACCGAACGUCCAGAACCUAACGCCACGGCAACCCCUGCAACCCUCAUGGUCCCCGUGACCUCUGCGACCCCUGAGGCCCCAGCAACUAGUGCUCCAGAGGCAGAGAGACCUCAAGGUGGGGGGCUCCCAUCACCAUCCAGGGCUGCUCCCUCGAGCAGCAUCCCUGUGGACCAAGGGCUCACAGAGGAUGGGAAGCCUUGCAGGUUCCCCUUCCGCUACGGAGGCCGCAUGCUCCACUCCUGCACCUCAGAGGGACGUGCCCACAGGAAGUGGUGUGCCACGACCCACAACUAUGACCGGGACAGGGCCUGGGGCUACUGUGCAGAAGCUGCCCCACCUCUGGAGGACCCAGCUGCCCUGGACCCCUGUGCCUCCAACCCCUGCCUCAAUGGGGGCACCUGCUCCAACACGCAGGAUCCCGUGUCCUACCACUGCACCUGCCCCAUGGCGUUCAUGGGCAAGGACUGCGGCACAGAGAAAUGCUUCGAUGAGACCCGCUCUGAGUACCUGGAGGUGGGCGACCGCUGGGCCCGCGUGCACCAGGGCCGUGUGGAACAGUGCAGCUGCACCGAGGGCCAGGCCCGGUGCGAAGACACCCGCCACACAGCUUGUCUGAGCAGCCCAUGUCUGAACGGGGGCACCUGCCACCUGAUCGUGGCCACUGGGACCACCGUGUGCGCCUGCCCGCCAGGCUACACUGGGAGGCUCUGCAACAUUGUGCCUGCGGAGAGCUGCUUCUUGGGGAAUGGCACCCAGUACCGCGGGGUGGCCAGCACUGCGGCCUCGGGCCUCCACUGCCUGCCCUGGAACUCCGACCUGCUCUACCAGGAGCUGCAUGUGGACUCGGUGGGCGCUGCAGCCCUGCUUGGCCUGGGCCCUCACGCCUACUGCCGGAACCCAGACAAGGACGAGAAGCCCUGGUGCUACGUGGUGAAGGACAACGCGCUGUCCUGGGAGUACUGCCGCCUGGCGGCCUGUGAAUCCUUCGCCAGAAUCCAGCCCUUGGCCCCUGAGGUCCUGGCAACCCUGCCUGAGCCAGCCCCCACUGGACGCCAGACCUGUGGCAAGAGGCACAAGAAGAGGACGUUCCUGCGGCCUCGCAUCAUUGGGGGCUCGUCCUCCCUACCUGGCUCCCACCCCUGGCUGGCCGCCAUCUACACUGGGGACAGCUUCUGCACGGGCAGCCUCAUCCACACCUGCUGGGUGGUAUCUGCAGCCCACUGCUUCUCCAACAGUCCCCGCAGGGAGAACGUGUUGGUGGUGCUGGGCCAACACUUCUUCAACCGCACAACGGACGUGACACAGACGUUUGGCAUCGAGAAGUACAUCCCAUACCCCCUGUACUCUGUGUUCAACCCCAGCGACCAUGACCUUGUCCUGAUCCGCCUGAAGAAGAAAGGGGACCGCUGUGCUGUCCGCUCCCAGUUUGUCCAGCCCAUCUGCCUGCCCGAGUCUGGCAGCACGUUCCCGGUGGGACACAAGUGCCAGAUUGCCGGCUGGGGCCACACGGACGAGAAUGUGAGCGGCUACUCCAGCUCCCUGCGGGAGGCACUGGUCCCCCUUGUGGCCGACCACAAGUGCAGCAGCCCCGAGGUGUAUGGCUCGGACAUCAGCCCCAACAUGCUUUGUGCCGGCUACUUCGACUGCAAGUCCGAUGCCUGCCAGGGGGACUCGGGCGGGCCCCUGGCCUGUGAGAAGAACGGUGUGGCCUACCUGUACGGCAUCAUCAGCUGGGGCGACGGCUGUGGGCGGCUCAACAAGCCUGGCGUCUACACCCGAGUAGCCAACUAUGUGGAUUGGAUCAACGACCGGAUACGACCUCCCAAGCGACCUGUAGCUCCCUCCUGAGGCCCUCCAGGGGGCAUCCUGCCUUCUUACCAUUCCCUGCCUCUAAGACAAUAAAGAUGUCUCCAAGAACCCA